UCAUGACUCCGGCCGGCGUGCUAUUCCAAACGAUGCUUUAUCAAGUCCGUCUCAGAUUAAUAUGCUCAUAUCCAAAUGGCUCAUAUAAAACAUGUGGAGCUCUAAAGUUUAGUCUAGACUUUGUCUGCAACCGUUCCCUUUACAGAGCAGCUGUGUGAGAGCAGUCGUCUCUCUCAGGAACCAUAAACACACAGUGAAGGUUGCGUUAUCUCAGAGAACUUUGAUCUUGAGUUGUAUAAAUUAGACUCAAAAAAAACCCCCACACAUGCUGAAUAGAUCGACUGGCUGUCAGUCUCCUCUCAGUCCUCAAAUUGUGCGCUGUAACCACAAAAACUAUGACAGAAAGAGCAGAGCGGAUGAAGAACUGAAUGACAUGAACUUGGACAGUUUUAGAGAGCGAAGGCUUGCGAGCUGAGACGAAAGGAGGUCUUCAGCUGGACUGGAGUCAAACUUACAGAGAAGAAACAGAGAGCAGGGGGACGACAGGAGAGCAAAACAAGACAGAUCCCCGUAGAGAAGAAGAAAACGGGGAGCAGUGACCUCCUGACCCUGCAAAGCGUCAACCAGAGACUUGCAUCAUCAUGGACGCAGACCCCGGCCUCAGUCGUACCAGCAGCUCCUCACAGCAUCAUGACACGGAGUUGUUCUCGAGUGAAGAAGACAGCAGUCUCUACUUCACCUACAGUGGAGGGUGCAACGAGCUGGAGGUCAACAACCUGCACUAUGAGGUAGACACAGCGGCUCAGAUUCCUUGGUAUGAGAGGUUAUCAGAGUUCAAAUUGCCGUGGGAGAUAAAUGGAGACAAGCAAACAGCCAUCGACAAGCUCAGCCUCCGAGUUCACAGUGGACAGAUGCUGGCUGUCAUUGGCAGCUCAGGUUGUGGUAAAACGUCUUUGCUGGACAUAAUAACAUGCCGUGAUGAGGGUGGUAAAAUGUCUGGUCAGGUUCUGAUUAACGGGAAACCCAACACGCCCCAGCUGGUGAAGAAGAGCAUCGCUCAUGUCCGCCAGGACGACCGUCUUCUUCCUCACCUCACCGUCCGUGAAACUCUCUCCUUUGUUGCCAAACUGAGGCUCCCCACCCACUUCACACAGGCUCAGAGGGACCAGAGGGUUGAUGAUGUCAUCGCAGAGCUGCGGCUGCGACAGUGCGCUCACACCAGAGUGGGAAACGACUUUGUGAGGGGUGUUUCUGGAGGAGAGAGGAGGAGAGUCAGUAUAGCUGUCCAACUUCUCUGGAACCCCGGUAUUUUGAUCCUGGACGAGCCCACGUCAGGUUUGGACAGCUUCACAGCCCACAACCUGGUGAUCACACUGUCCCGCCUGGCUCGGGGUAACCGCCUGGUCCUGCUGUCGGUCCAUCAGCCCCGGUCAGACAUCUUCCAGCUCUUUGACCUCGUCGUCCUGCUGUCGUCAGGUUCACCGGUUUACUGCGGUGCUGCCUGCGACAUGGUUCCUUACUUCACUGCCCUGGGAUACCCCUGCCCGCGAUACUGCAACCCCUCAGACUUCUAUGUUGAUCUGAUCAGUAUAGACCGGCGCAGUCUGGACCGAGAGGCCGAGUGUUUGCAGCGGGCCACACUUCUGUCUGAGCAGUUCAUGGAAAAGGUCCGAGACACAGAGGAUCACAUGUGGAAACCAGCUGUGACAGACACGGCAUCUGAAAGCCCUCAGCAGCUGAGCACAGUAAAAGGAGAGGAAGUGAUCACUAUUUCCAGCCAGAGGGACAGACUGCCUGGCAAACUACAACAAUUUACCAUCCUCGUCAAGCGUCACAUGUAUAAUGACUUCAGAGACCUGGUCACCUUACUGGUCCACGGCUUCGAGGCCCUCCUCAUGUCACUGCUGGUCGGUUGUCUGUACUACGGAGCAGGAGAGCAGAGUCUGUCCAUUCAGGACACCGUCGCUCUCCUCUACAUGAUCGGAGCUCUCACCCCAUUCGCUGUGGUGCUGGACGUCAUAGCUAAAUGUCACACAGAGAGAGCCAUGCUCUACCACGAGCUGGAGGACGGCAUGUACUCUGUCACCUCCUACUUCUUUGCUAAGGUCCUUGGGGAGCUACCUGAGCACUGUGUGUUCACCUUGGUGUACGGCCUGCCCAUCUAUUGGCUGGCCGGGCUCAACGAGGCUCCGGAGCGCUUCCUGCUCAACUUCGUGCUGGUGUGGCUGAUGGUUUACUGCAGCAGGGCCAUGGCUCUGUUUGUGGCCGCUGCGCUGCCCACCCUGCAGACCUCAGCCUUCAUGGGCAACGCCCUGUUCACUGUCUUCUAUUUGACCGGUGGCUUUGUCAUCAGCCUGGAGAACAUGUGGCUCGUGGCCUCAUGGAUCUCUCACGCCUCCUUCAUGUAUUGGGGCUUUGAGGGCAUGCUGCAGGUGCAGUUCAGAGGCAAAAUGUACCCCAUCACCAUCUCAAAUAUCACCUUCAAUGUCGAUGGCAUCCAUGUGGUGGAGGCCAUGAAGAUGAACCAGUACCCUCUCUACUCCUGCUAUCUGGUCCUGCUUGCCGUCUGCCUGGGUUUCAUGGUGCUCUAUUACUUGUCCCUAAGAUUCAUCAAGCAAAAGUCCAGUCAAGACUGGUGAACACAGCGCGCAUUACACCAAACGGUGUCUGGGAAAACACACAAAAUCAGUGGUGAGGUUUUACUUUAGGUGCUUGUUUUUUUGUUUUGUUUUGUUUUUUCAGUGGUGCAGGGAAUUGAAAGUAAUUUUGGUUCUAACUCGACUGGUUCGACGCAGAGCUCUUCUAUCCAUCAUCAUUUAACUCUUCUUAUGAGGAUGCUUUACAGUGAAAAAGGUGCUUGAAUUCAAAAUAAUAUCAACAUUAGAAAGAUGCUAGAGACAAAUGAAAUAAUUGCCUUGGCACCUUUGCAGAAAAAAGUGCAGCAGUUCCUCUCAUCUGUGACUAAUUGAAACAUCUCAAGAUAUACGCAGUGAUAGCAGUUUGAGUACGAGAACAAUCAGAUGGAAUUAAAAGUAGAAAGUUGUGCCCACUUUGUGUUGAGGGAAGCACUUGUUGCAGUACCGCUGUCUGCUGCUGGGUGGCAGCAGAGCACUGCAGUAGCAUCAAAGUUAUAACUAUAACUCCCCCCCCUCUCUUCUCCAUCUUGGCAAAUGAUUAGAGCGCCACUUUGGCUGAUAUCCAUCUGCAGCUUUUGCUUGUUCCCUUUUCAAUCUUCUUUUUUUUUCCUACAGCUUUAUCUUUUUUUGUAUAUAUAAGGUUAUUAAGCUUAACAACGUGUGUGCCAGUAUACGGAGCACAGAAGAAAAUGCCUGGUAGAGAUUUAGUAAGUCACACUAAGAAAAAAAAGAAAAGAGCUUGUACUUGUUUCCUCAUAGAUUGAACAUUAUGUAAGCUGUGUGUUUUUGCACUGGUGCAAAACCCUGAUAAAUAUUUAACCGCUAUGGUUUGAGUCGAAAUUAGUAAAGUAUUGAAUCAAA